CUCCUAAAAUGGGAAAGAUUUACCAGAUCAUUGUGGUUGGAAUAAAGGGGGAGAAGAAAACGGUCGAUGUUGCGACAUCAGAGGAAGAAUUCAACACGACGACAAUUUUGCAAUUCAAAAAGAAAAUUGCAGAAAAAUUGCCCGGGCAGGCAGGGGAUGAUCCAUCGUCCCUGAGGCUGCUGUACACAGAUAAACAACUAGAAGACAAUGACACGCUUUUAGACCACCAAAUUAAGGAUCGCUCCACUCUCUUCAUGGUCUUACGUCUACCCGGAGGUUUCCAAACAUGCUGAGAAGAAACGAGUCCCUGCCGGAAUGAAGUCCAGCUUAAGGGUCUCGUCGACAGGACAACAUUUUAAACACAGAGACACUUCUUGAUUAAUGAAUCAAUGUGUUGUUAUCCAGCCUAUUGUAUGCUAUUAUGAGUGUGGGAUACUGUAAAUGGGGAUCUGUCACCUCACAUCGGGGAUAUAGCCUAAUCAGAGCAGUCUUUGAAACCCAUUUCAGGAAUUUUAUCGAUAAAGAAAAUACAAUUUGAUUUUAAGAAUUAU